AAGGCACCGAUAAUGGUGAUAGUGCUCGGAGACCUUGAGGGUAAUGUAGGUGAGACCAAAGGUAGUGGUGAUGGUACCGAUGAUACCGAAGGCAAUGUAGCUCCCGGGGAAGGUGCCGAUGCAAUGACAGGUGAUGGACUAGGGUUGGGUGCAUCAACUCGGGAUGGGGCGAAGUGGCUGUAG